CCCCCCCCCCCCCCCCCCACCACCAGGCCGAGGAUAAUCACUGACCGGAGCGUGGGCCCCCCCCCCCCGACCGGCCCCCCCGACCGGCUCCCAGCGCUAGGGCGGCGCUGUGUACAGUAGACGUGUGGAAACACCCCUUUCGUUUUUUAAGUUUAACCGCAGUCAGGAAUGUUGUUGUUUUUUUUUUUAGAACGGGGAAAAAUCUCCAAUAAAAGCACGUUAUUUUAUUUCUGUUGCACUUUUGAACGCAACUUUAAAACCAAACCCGCGCACUCAUCGUGAUCACACACUUCGCUAGCGCUUGUUUUGCUGUGACAUCUUGUCCUCGCAGCUCCGGUUGUGUUCUGCAAUGUCCGGAGGCUGCAGGGGCUGGCGGUGGUGAUCUCACCCGCGCCCGCCCCCUGGAGGCCGGCGGUGGGUGUCUCACCCCCGCCCGCCGCCUGCUAGCCCCACUGUCCGCCCACGCUACCUCUUCUGUCUCCGCGCUCUGCGUCGCUCUGUGUUUGACCCUCUGUGUUCAGCCAUUCGAGGUCAGCGGGAGGGCCUUCAUCACGCUCUCCUCUUGUACAGUUAUUUUUACUUUCUUUGUGAGUUUUUUGUUUGACGUUUUAUUUUACCGCCCCCCCCCUGGAGCGAGGGGGUCGUGUUCAUCUGGACUUCUGUUGGACUGCAUGGCGAAGACGAGGUUGAAGAGUAUCACCCACUGUGCGUGUGUGCGUGCGUGUGUGUGUAUGUGUGUGUUACUGACGCUUGGCCCCGCCUCUCAUCAGUUGGAAGCUUUGAUUGACAGGAUUGCCUUUGACCUCGAUGUGAAGCCUCCAGUCUGUCCGUAACAGAGAUGGUGUGGGUUGAUAACCUUUACACGGUAAUCAACGAACAUAACAUUAAAAAACAAGUGACCCAGGCAUUUCCUUUGAAGAAAAAAGUAGUGCAAUAUAUUUUUCUAUUGAGUAUCGAUGUUCUUGCGUAUAACUAGCGUGUGUAGCCCAGUGGUGUGGUUCUCUGAAUGAUGGAGUGGCUCAAAGGAAAACAAUGUGAAGAUGGUCAUUCCUGAGUUAAUUUGGCAAUUGGAGCACAGAAUGGGCUUGAUGUCCUGUUCAAUGGUGCUCUCACACGUUUUCUAACUGUCUGCCUUUUGUCAUUCAUUCGUUGAAGGUGCUUCCUUUUGAGUUUCAGUCUUGAACUGUACUUGUUAGCAUCAUGCUUAUUUUAACAUUGUCAAGUUGUUUUUUUACAUGGUCUGGUUUUAAAAGGUUGCUUUCUCCAACUCGAGGUAUGGAUGUCCCUUCUUAUGAUUGUAGUCCCUGAUUCUGUUCCCCCUAUCACAUAAACGUGUGUAGUCUAUUGUGUGUUCCACUGAGGGAUUGGCACUAGAAGAUAGACACAUGGAGGGAGUCAAAUAAGGCCUAAAACUAGGUAAAAUUAACUCUUAUAUAAUCUGAAUUAAUGGAUGAUAUGUCUGGUAAAAAAAAUAAAUGUUGUUAGAAAAGGAAAGCCGAAUGAGUCUGCUUUGUUCGUGAGGCAGCACUAUAUUUAAUGACUUCUUAUUUGAGUGUUAUUACACUGAGUGACCAGAAAGGGGCGCCGGGUAGGAGUUAUUACACCGAAUGGCCAGCAGGGACCGCCAGGGAGGCGCUUUACUCCGCCAUCAACAUAACCCACCGUCGGACCGGUCACGUGACCGAGCCUCCGAGUGGAUCCGCUCCCACAGUGAUGGCGGUGUCAGGGAGACGCGAUGAUGGACUACAUUCCGCAUCUUGAUCUCUAAUAUCUAUCGGGGAAUUUAAACCGUGUGUCAUCACCGUUACUCAGUAUCAACUCUACACCGCGGCCCGGUGCCUCGUCCCGUGAUGGCGGACCGCGGAGUGGAUAUGUCGGCUCUGCCUAAGGAGGUCAGGGACCAUUUGGCGGAGCUGGACCUGGAGCUCUCCGAAGGGGACAUCACUCAAAAGGGCUACGAGAAGAAGCGCACCAAACUGCUGGCUCCCUUCUUCAUCCCCCCACCAGCAGAGCCCCCGCCUCAGAACCACCUGCCGCCCCCCGCGCCCGCCUCCUCCUCCACCCCCGGCCACGCCCCUUCCUCGUCCGGCCACGCCCCCCCGUCCUCCAGCUCGUCCCGGUACCGGGAGCGGCGGUCCCGGCGGCCGCACCGCAGCGGGGGGACCCGGGAUGAGCGCUACAGAUCAGACAUCCACACGGAGGCGGUGCAGGCGGCGCUGGCCAAACACAAGGAGGAGAAGAUGGCUCUGCCCAUGCCCACCAAGCGGCGCUCCACCUACGUGCCCUCGCCGGUGGAGACACGCACGCCACCAGACUCGUCGUCGGGCUCCGAUGACGACGGUUCCCUGCGGCGGCGCUCGUCGGCGGGGCCGCCCCCCGCCCCCCCGUCGGGCCUGCUGCUGCCCCCCGCCCCCCCGGGCGCGGCCAGCCCCCAGAGCCCCGACUGCUGGAUCAACCGCUCGGUGCAGGGCUCCUCCACCUCCUCCUCCGCCUCCUCCACCCUGUCCCACGGCGAGGGCCGGCCGCUGCCGCAGGGCCUGCCCCCCCCCGCGCAGGCCCCGCCCCCCCAGGCCCAGCCCCAGUACAAGCCCCAGUACCAGCCCCAGUACCUGCCCCAGUACCAGUACCAGCCCCAGUACCAGCACCAGACCAACUCCCACACCCAGACCACCGCGCCCCACCCCCCGUCCCAGGCCGGCGUGGUGGCCGACAUGCUGGCCCAGACCCGCCUCGGUCUCCAGGAGAACAACGGCCCCCCGCCCGAAGGGAGCGGCGGGGCCCCCCCCACCCUGACCAGGGGCCCCCGGGUGGACCUGACCAAGGCCGUGGUCCGGGGCAUGAGCCGGGUCCAGAGCCGCUCCAGCAUGAUGGAGACCGCCGACGGACGAGGGAACUCCCAGCGGGUGCCGGUGAACAGCAGGGUGUCCACCAAGAUCCAGCAGCUCCUGAACACGCUGAAGAGACCCAAGAGGCCUGAGCUGAGCGAGUUCUUCACCGACGACUCGGAAGAGAUCGUGGAAGUGCCCCUGCCGGACCCCAACACCCCAAAGCCGGAGGGCCGUCAGAUCAUCCCGGUGAAGGGGGAGCCUCUGGGGGUGGUUAGCAACUGGCCCCCGGCCCUGCAGGCCGCCCUGGCCCGCUGGGGGUCCACGCAGGCCAAGAGCCCUGCACUCACGGCCCUGGACAUCACCGGGAAGCCCCUGUACACUCUGACCUACGGGAAACUGUGGAGCCGCAGUGUGAAGCUGGCCUACACUCUGCUCAACAAGCUGGGGCCCAAGAACGAGCAGAUCCUCAAACCUGGCGACAGGGUGGCCCUGGUGUACCCCAACAGUGACCCUGGCAUGUUCUGGGUGGCCUUCUACGGCUGCUUACUGGCCGAGGUCAUCCCCGUACCCAUCGAGGUGCCGCUGUCCCGCAAGGACGCGGGCAGCAGCCAGGUGGGCUUCCUGCUGGGCAGCUGUGGGGUGGGCCUGGCCCUGACCAGUGAGAUCUGCCUGAAGGGGCUUCCCAAGACCCCCACCGGGGAGAUCCUCUCCUUCAAAGGCUGGCCCCGGCUGAAGUGGGUGGUGACGGACUCCAAGUACCUGACCAAGCCCUCCAAGGACUGGACGCCCCACGUCCCCACGGCCAACACGGAGCCCGCCUACAUCGAGUACAAGGCCAGCAAGGAGGGCACGGUGAUGGGCGUGGCCGUCUCCAAGGUGGCCAUGCUGACCCACUGCCAGGCGCUGACCCAGGCCUGCAACUACUGCGAGGGAGAGACCAUGGUGAACGUGCUGGACUUCAAGAAGGACAUCGGCCUGUGGCACGGCGUCCUGACCGCUGUGAUGAACAGGAUACACACCAUCAGCGUCCCCUACGCCGUCAUGAAGGCCUGUCCCCUCUCCUGGGUCCAGAGGGUGCACGUCAAUAAAGCCCGCGUGGCGCUGGUGAAAUGCAGGGACCUCCACUGGGCCAUGAUGGCCCACCGGGACCAGAAGGACACCAGCCUGGCGUCACUGCGCAUGCUCAUCGUGGCCGACGGAGCCAACCCCUGGUCGGUGUCGUCCUGCGAUGCCUUCCUCAACGUGUUCCAGCCCAACGGUCUGAAGGCGGAGGUCAUCUGUCCGUGUGCCACGUCUCCGGAGGCCAUGACGGUCGCCAUCCGCAGGCCGGGGGUGCCUGGCACGCCCCUCCCUGCGCGGGCCAUCCUGUCCAUGGGGGGUCUGAGCCACGGGGUCAUCAGGGUCAACACGGAGGACAAGAACUCGGCGCUGACAGUUCAGGACGUGGGCCACGUGAUGCCGGGGGCCCUGAUGUGCAUCGUGAAGGCCGACGGCCCCCCCCUGCUCUGCAAGACGGACGAGAUCGGGGAGAUCGUCAUCAACUCGCGGGCCGGCGGGACCAUGUACUACGGCCUCCCGGGGGUCACCAAGAACACCUUCGAGGUGAUCCCGGUGAACUCCAGCGGCGCGCCCAUCGGGGAGAUCCCCUUCGUGAGGUCCGGACUGCUGGGGUUCGUCGGCCCGGGGAGCCUGAUCUUCGUGGUGGGGAAGAACGAGGGUCUGCUGAACGUGAGCGGGCGCCGGCACAACGCCGACGACCUGGUGGCCACCGCCCUGGCCGUCGAGCCCGUCAAGACCGUGUACCGGGGCAGGAUCUCUGUGUUCUCCGUCACCGUGUUCUACGACGAGAGGAUCGUGAUCGUGGCAGAGCAGCGGCCAGACGCCAGCGAGGAGGACAGCUUCCAGUGGAUGAGUCGCGUACUGCAGGCCAUAGACAGCAUCCACCAGGUGGGCCUGUACUGCCUGGCCCUGGUGCCGGCCAACACCCUGCCCAAGACCCCCCUGGGGGGCAUCCACGUCUCGGACGCCAAGCAGUUCUUCCUGGAGGGGAACCUGCACCCCUGCAACAUCCUCAUGUGCCCCCACACCUGUGUCACCAACCUGCCCAAACCACGGCAGAAACAGCCAGUGGGCGUGGGUCCAGCCUCCAUCAUGGUGGGUAAUCUGGUGGCGGGGAAACGGAUCGCCCAGGCGUCAGGGAGGGACCUGGGGAUGAUCGAAGACCAGGACCUGAUCCGCAAGCUCUGUAUGUGGCCCACUAUGAUGCAUCUGUAUCUGUCGGAGGCGUUGCAGUGGCGAGCCCAGACGGACCCCGACCACGUUCUCUACGUGCUGCUCAACGCCAAGGGGGUGGCGGUGUGCACGGCCACCUGCCUCCAGCUCCACAAGAGGGCGGAGAAGAUCGCUGCGGCGCUGAUGGAGAAGGGCAGCAUCAACACGGGGGACAACGUGGUGCUGCUGUACCCGCCUGGUAUUGACCUGAUCGCGUCCUUCUACGGCUGUCUGUAUGCCGGCUGUGUUCCGGUCAACGUGCGACCCCCGCACCCCCAGAACCUGGGGGCCACCCUGCCCACCGUCCGCAUGAUCAUCGACGUCAGUAAAGCCGCCUGUAUCCUCACCACUCAGAACCUCACCAGGAUCCUGCGCUCCAAAGAGGCCUCCGCCUCCGUCAACAUCAAGACCUGGCCCACCAUCAUAGACACAGACGACCUCCCCCGACGGCGCCUACCCCAGAUCUACAAGCCCCCCACGGCCGAGAUGAUCGCCUACCUGGACUUCAGCGUGUCCACCACGGGCAUGCUCACCGGGGUCAAGAUCUCCCACGUGGCCGUCAGCGCCCUCUGCCGCUCCAUCAAGCUGCAGUGUGAGCUCUACUCCUCCCGCCAGAUCGCCAUCUGCCUGGACCCCUACUGCGGUCUGGGCUUCGUCCUGUGGUGCCUGGCCAGUGUGUACUCAGGCCACCAGUCCAUCCUGAUCCCGCCCUUCGAGCUGGAGACCUGCCUGUCGCUGUGGCUCAGCACCCUGAGCCAGUACCGCAUCCGGGACACCUUCUGCUCCUACUCCGUCAUGGAGCUCUGCACCAAGGGCCUGGGAACGCAGACGGAGCUCCUCAAGGCCCGGGGGGUGAACCUGUCGUGCGUGCGGAGCUGUGUGGUGGUGGCCGAGGAGCGGCCCCGCCUGGUGCUGACCCACUCCUUCUCCAAGCUCUUCAAGGACCUGGGCCUCUCCCCGCGCGCCGUCAGCACCGCCUUCGGCUCCCGGGUCAACCUGGCCGUCUGCAUGCAGGGGACCACCGGCCCGGACCCCUCCACGGUUUACGUGGACCUGAAGUCCCUGCGCCACGACAGGGUGAGGCUGGUGGAGCGAGGAGCACCACAGAGUCUCCCGCUCAUGGAGUCCGGCAAGAUCUUACCGGGCGUCCGGGUGAUCAUCGUGAACCCAGAGACCAGAGGGCCACUCGGGGACUCCCAUCUGGGCGAGAUCUGGAUCAACAGCCCGCACAACGCCAGCGGCUACUUCACCAUCUAUGGCGAGGAGAGCCUGCAGGCGGACCACUUCAACACCAAGCUCAGCUUCGGGGACCCCACCACGCUGUGGGCGCGGACAGGAUACCUGGGCUUCGUCAAGAGGACCGAGCUGCUGGACGCCGCUGGGGAUCGCCAUGACGCCCUCUUCGUGGUGGGCUCCCUGGACGAGACCCUGGAGCUGAGGGGUCUGCGGUACCACCCCACCGACAUGGAGACCUCGGUGUCCCGGGCCCACCGCAGCAUCGCCGAGAGCGCGGUGUUCACCUGGACCAACCUGCUGGUGGUGGUGGCGGAGCUGGGCGGCUCGGAGCAGGACGCCCUGGACCUGGUGCCCCUCAUCACCAACGUGGUGCUGGAGGAGCACCACCUCAUCGUGGGCGUGGUGGUCAUCGUGGACCCGGGGGUCAUCCCCAUCAACUCCCGCGGGGAGAAGCAGCGCAUGCACCUGCGGGACUCGUUCCUGGCCGACCAGCUGGACCCCAUCUACGUGGCCUACAACAUGUGAAGGGGUCCGGGGGCUGGACCCGGGAGCAGGGGGGAGAACGGUCGGUAUGGAGAGAGGCUCCAUACCGGAGCCCCUGCUGUCUGAGGGGGUCCCUGCGUAUCUCAGAGGGAGUUGGGGAGGUGGUCCGUGCUCAGAUGGGGGUGCACCAAGGGGCAGAGCCAUUCAAUACAGAACGUGCUACGAUUCUGCUGGAGGGAAAUGUGUGCGAUGCUUUUAUUUGCUCUCAGAAACUCAACAGGAAGGUUUUCCUCCUCUGAUUGGGUGAUGUGGAGGUCAAUCAUUCUUCUGACGACAAUCUACCCGGAGAAGGUGAGGUCGAGGAGGGAAUCGAGAACCUUUUAGACUUUAACGCGAUGCGGCCGCCAAUCUUUGCACUCCAGAAGUUCACCCUGAGCCUCUGAAAACAGGAUUUCUUCCUUAGAAUUUAAGAAAAAUCCCCUAAUCCAAAUGAACCACCUUUUGACCAUGUGCCAUUCCGAUCUAGCAACUCAACUAUUUAUAAUUAUAAUCAUAAAAAAAAGAACGUACGUUGUCCCUACUUCUAAUAGCCAAAUAUCCAUCCACCAGUCCACCAUUUUGAUUUACAUCCUGCCUCCUCACGCAUUAGCAGAUCCCUGAACCCUGAAACUCUACGGUACUGAGGUACAACUGGAGAGGUCGACUUGUAUAUCGAACCCACAAAGGCCUUCCUGUAUUUUAGAAAAACUGUGUUUCGCUGUAUAGUAAUGUUUUUUUUAUCUGUAUAAAUGUAUAAAAACCAAAUUAAUCCUCCUCAACGAUGGUUUCUUGACGACUUACUAAGCUGUGCGACGAGGGAGCGGAAUGGCCUUGUAAAUACGGAUCUAACGAGUUACACUGACUAUUAGCAGACCACGUUAAAGCACUAUUAGUACAAAAUAAACAUAUAUGACUAUGCCAUUGCACUUUCUAAAAAGAAGAAUCUAUUUUAUUAUUAGAAAAAAGGCAUUAUUAUUACCAACGUUCAGGAAUACCACUCUGAGGACCCGUUUGGGAACCAAGAAAGUUUACCAAGGGCCCCAAUGUCUUUAGUGCCAUGGUCUUCUUCUGCAGACUUUAGGAUUCAGAUCUUAUCGUGGAUGAGAGUGAUGGGAAAACAACUUGACUGUUUUCUCUCAGAUAUUUCCAAAUGUGUGACCGCUUUGGUACGGCUGAACUAGGUGUUCUCCACAUCUCCCGAGGCUGUAGAACACCCUAAAGUACCAAGACCCUCAUAGCUCUCAUUUUGAUCUCCUGAGGAGGUCGAACACACUAAGGUACCAAGAUCCUCCAAGCUCUCAUUUUGGUUUGAAAGCUCCAACCAAGGGUACUUUAGUUUAGAAUUCAUCAGUGUCUCAUUUGUCCUUGUUCACCUGUUUUGUUAUUUUCUUUGACAAAAUAUGACUGUAAUGACUCACUUGUGUUUUAGAUUUUUUUUUCUGUAUCAAAUCACUGGAAUUAGAUACUUUAUAUAUGCAAUUUUAAAAUCUGAGCCACUGAAAUCAGAAAUCUGUUUUGGCUGACAAUUACAGGUAGUGUUUUGCAGAAAUAAUAGGGGAAUUAUGUUAUUUAAUGUAUUCGACUUGUGUUGUACAGCUGUAUGCGUGGGUGCGCGCAUGUGUGUGUGAGAUGUGUGUGUGUGUGUGU